GCAAAGAUGCAGGUCUUUGUGAAGACCCAGACGGGCAAGACCGUCACCCUUGAGGCUGAGCCCAGCAACAGCAUCGAGAAUGUCAAAGCUAAAAUCCGAGACAAGGAGGGCAUUCUUCCAGACCAGCAGUGUCUGAUUUUUGCUGGUAAACAGCUGGAGGAUGGCCGCACUCUCGGACUACAACAUCCAGAAAGAGUCCACCUGCACUUGGUGCUGCGUCUGCAUGGUGGUAUCAUCGAGCCGUCCCUGAGCCGGCUGGCCCAGAAGCACAACUGCGACAAGAGGCUCUGCUGCAAGUGUUGUGCUCGCUUUCACCCACCUUGA